AUGGUCACUCCUACCAUGGUAAACUACGACACUAUACGAGAAAGCAAGUUUUCCAUGGCUGAGAAAAGAUUGAAAGGAUACUCUACGCUCCAGAGAUCAAUCACUAGCAUCGGAGAAUGGCCCUGGCCCCGGCCCCCUAGCAAGCUAAAAAUGGAUCCUAGCUUGAAUGCUCUUAGGUUGACUUACAGUUACGGAUACAGUACGAUAAAAGUGUCUACCUACAUGGACUACGGUGUAUGA